CUCCUCACUCACCUUCCUUUGGGGUUUCCUUCCACCUCAGAGAAGAUGUCUCAGAAAAAGCAGCCCACCCCCCAGCCCCCCGUGUUCUGCGGGAAAUCCUCCGGCGGCGGCGGCGGCGGCGGCGGCUGCUAUAGCGGCGGCGGCGGCAGCGGCGGCGGCGGCUCUGGCGGCUGCGGCGGCGGCGGCGGCAGCUCCGGUGGCUGCGGCGGUGGCGGUGGAGGCGGUUCCGGGGGCUGCGGCGGCGGCUCCGGAGGCGGCAUCAAGUAUUCCGGGGGCGGCGGCUCCGGCGGCGGAGGCUCUGGCUGCGGCGGCGGCUACUCCGGCGGUGGCGGCUACUCCGGCGGCGGCGGCAGCUCCGGGGGCUGCGGCGGUGGCAGUGGAGGCGGCUCCGGAGGCGGCAUCAAGUAUUACGGGGGCGGCGGCUCCGGCGGCGGCGGCUCCAGCUGCGGUGGCGGCUACUCCGGCGGCGGCGGCAGCUCCGGUGGCUGCGGCGGCGGCGGCGGCUCCGGAGGGGGCAUCAAAUACUCCGGGGGCGGCGGCGGCGGCGGCUCUAGCUGCGGCUACUCCAGCGGCGGCGGCGGCUCUGGCUGCGGCGGCAGCUACUCCAGCGGCGGCGGCGGCUCUGGCUGCGGCGGCGGCUACUCCGGCGGCGGCGGCGGCAGCUCUGGCGGCUGCGGCGGCGGCUCCGGAGGCGGCGUCAAGUACUACGGGGGCGGCGGUGGAGGCUCCAGCUGCGGCGGGGGCUCGUCCGGCGGCGGUGGAGGCUCCAGCUGCGGCGGGGGCUCGUCCGGCGGCGGUGGAGGCUCCAGCUGCGGUGGCUACUCCGGCGGCGGCGGCCAGAUCUACCAGAGCUGCGGAGGCGGCUCCUCCGGCGGCGGCGGCUGCGGGGGCGGCUCCUCCGGCGGCGGCGGCGGCUGCGGGGGCGGCGGCUACUCCGGUGGCGGAGGUUACUCCGGCGGCGGCGGCGGCUCCGGCCAGCAGAUCUGCCAGAGCUACGGAGGCGGCUCCUCCGGCGGCGGUGGCUGCGGGGGCGGCUCCUCCGGUGGCGGCGGCGGCGGCGGCGGCUGCGGGGACGGCGGUUACUCCGGUGGCGGAGGUUACUCCGGCGGCGGCGGCGGCUGCGGCGGGGGCUCCUCUGGCGGCUACUCCUCCCAGCAGACCACCCAGAUCUGUUGCGAGCCCCAGCAGUGCUACGGCGGGGGGUCGUCUGGCGGCGGCGGCGGCGGCUGCGGAGGCGGCUCCUCCGGGGGCGGCUGCUACUCCGGCGGUGGGGGCGGCGGCGGCUCUGGCUGUGGCGGCGGCUCUGGGGGCGGCGGCGGCUCCAGCUGCGGCGGCGGCUCCUCUGGGGGCGGCGGCGGCUCCAGCUGCGGCGGCGGCUCCUCCGGGGGCGGGGGCGGCUCCGGGGGCUCCAAGUGCGUCCCCGUCUGCCACCAGACCCAGCAGAAGCAGGCGCCUACCUGGCCCUGCAAAUAAGGCCCGCGGGACGCCACGGAGGCGCGGGAGCUGGAGGUGUUCUUCGCGGGCGCCGAUGGGCUUAGUGUUCUCCUGACAGUGCCCUGAGGUUCCACAUCCUUCGCGUUUGAACGCCCCCGGGAGGAGCCAGUGAACACUCGUGCUGUAUCUUGUUCUGCGGUUUUCCUCCUCGGCUCCUGUACACCUACCUCCCACCCCCAGUGCCUCCUCGGCCAAUAAAUU